UUAGAUUGUGCUAAUGGCUUUGACGAGAUCCACCACUACAUUAGUAGUUUGUUCUUGCAUGGCUCUCUUCUGCCUGAUGAGUGCUGCUGCCACGGCUGAUCAUCAGCUCCGAGUUGGCUUCUACUCCUACACCUGCCCCAAAGCCGAAACCCUCAUCAGGGAAGCCUUCAAUGACGCUGUCCAGCAGACCGACGACAUCGGCGCUGACCUUCUCCGGAUGCAUUUCCACGACUGCUUUGUCAGAGGCUGCGAUGGGUCGGUGUUGAUCUCGUCGACGAAGGGGAAUAAGGCAGAGAAGGACGCACAGAUCAACCGAAACCUCGAAGACGAAGCGUUCCAAGUCGUCGAUAAUGCCAAGGCCAAGCUGGAAGCUGCCUGCCCCGGCGUCGUUUCCUGCGCCGACAUUCUCGCCUACGUUGCUCGAGACAGCGUUGCACACUAUGGAGGAGGUUUCUACGAUGUUCCUGCUGGAAGAAGAGAUGGGAGGAUUUCGAGGGCAAGCGAGAGCACGUCGGAGCUCCCUACUCCCAAUCUCCGACUCGGUCAUCUCACUAAACUCUUCGCCGGGAAAGGGUUGACCCAAGCCGAGAUGAUCACCCUUUCAGGAGCGCACACCAUCGGCGUCUCCCACUGCUCCUCCUUCUCCCACCGGCUCCGCAACUUCAACGCGAGCUCGGGAGCCGACCCGACGCUGGACGCGGCGUACGCGGCGCAACUGCGGCGGAAGUGCCCGACGGCGAGGAGCGACAACGAGGUGCCGAUGGACCCGCCGAGCGAGCUAGGGUUCGACAACAGCUACUACCAGGGCAUCCUGAGUAGAAGGGGGCUGUUCACAUCGGACCAGACGCUGGUGUCGAAGCCGGCGGUGGCGGCGCAGGUGAAGCUGUUCGCGCACAACUCGGGCGUCUUCACCAGCAGGUUUGCGGCUGCGAUGGUGAGGAUGGGCAGCAUCGGCGUACUGACCGGGGGCAAUGGAGAGAUACGCACCAACUGCAGAGUGCCCAACUGAAAUCAUCCUCCACAACAAUAGUUCCUUUAUUUUUAAUGUGUGUUUACUAUAUUUUAAAUAUCUUUAUUUUUAAUGUCAAACUCUAUAUAUAAUAUGUUCGGAAUGAUAAUAUCAAUUUGUCAAUCUCUAUGCGAAU